AUGAACAUCAGAAAUGUUGACAGCGAAUACCAGGUCCUUCCAUCCGAUGAGUCAGAGAAAGAGAAAAGCCAGAGUCUGAUAGACACAGCUGCAUCCAUCAACGCAGUACCGCGCCAAUCUUCGCAGACAGAUUUUAUACCCAUUGGGCAUAUCUCUUUGGAAUCAAAAAAUAAGGAAGCGGAGCAUAUUGACCUCGACAUCCCAACUGAAGGCGUCUUUUGGAUCAAAUCAUUCUUUAUUCGGCAUUCUGUCCAGGGCAAGGGAACAGGGCGCGCGGCUAUGGAUGAAGUCGAGGCUAUGGUUGUUAAAGAGCCCCUAUGGGCUAAGACACUGAUGUUAUCUACCGUCGAGGGGGGCGAUCAGGUUAGGGAGGAGUUUGCUAAGGCGAGGUAUGGGGCUGUACCGAAGAUAAAGAUUGUCAACCAGGACUGGUAUAGUAGACGGGGUUACAGAGGAAUCAAGAUUGUGCAGAACUUUUUCGAUGUCACGGAUAGGAAUGGGAAGAAGUGGGACACAAAGGCUAUCUUUAUGCGGAAGGAUAUUUCAUGA